AAAAUAAUCUAAUACAAACGCCAUGCCCAAGCUCUACAAACUAAACCCCAAAAUCCUAAUCUCUUCCGUUUCGGCCGCCUCGGAAAAAUUGGUGUCCGCGCGCAGAGAGUAGUGGCGGCCAAAUAGUCUGUGAGGUAAAAAUCCACUCUCUUCCUCGGCAGUCGUUUCUCUUAGGCUGUAAUUGUUUUAAUUGAAGUAUAAAUUUUAUGUUUCAUAAUAUUAUUCUCUCUUUUUUUUUAUCUGCAUCCUUGUACAAAGGUUGCAAUUUGGAUGUCUAUAUGAUUAGUACAUGGUAAUCAUAUAAGCAGUCUAGAAUCAAUUUGGAUGUGUAUGUGUUUAGUUCAUCGAUGUCAUUGAUAAAUCAAUCGAUAAUUUAUCUGCGAAAUGUGCCAAAUAAUCAAUACAUUUUCUCUUUAAGUUCCAACAUUUUAAAAAAGUCAGUAAGUGCUUGUACCUCACUGAUUUGAUUGUUUCAACGAAAAGAUGGAAAGUUCUCGCGCCUGCGAGCGCUGCAGGAAGAGGACGCUAGUCCCUGAUAAUGAAACAGGUAAUAUGGUCUGCACGUCGUGCGGAAUCCUCCAACAAUUCGAUAAUUUUGAAGUGCCUACUGCCGGCAUUACUGGCACCAACGUUCACCUCGGAACCUCUGGCACCGGCACUGUCCAUGAUUACAAGGAAACUAAAAUCUAUCAUGCUCAAAACUUGAUUGACGAUUUUAUGUUCAAGUUGGAUUUUUCUGCCCAGAAAUCGCAAGAGGUUAGGCUUUUGAUUGAGAAGGUCACUGAUGGAGAAUACGGCCAAGGGGAUUGGUUUUCUGUUCUGAUUGGGGCAUGUUCUUAUAUUGUGAUGAGAAAGGAUCAGAAGAUGAUGCCCAUUGUUGAAGUGGCUGAUACAGUUUGUUGCGAUGUGUAUGAAUUAGGGCGGAUGAUUGGACGGGUGGUUGAAUUUGUUGAUUUGAAGUUGCCUGAGUUUGAUAUUGUGAAUGCUUUUGAGCGAGCAAUGACGAGCAUCCCUAGUUUUACUCAUGUGGCGGCGGAUUUGGUUAAGAGGAUGCUGCAGCAAGGGGUGUUUUUGGUGCAGUGUUUGAUCAAGUGGUUUGUUACGACGGGAAGGAGACCAAUGCCAGUGGUGGCUGCAGUCUUGGUUUUUGUUGCACAAUUGAAUCAAGUAGAUAGUGUGAAGAUCGAAGAUGUGGCAAUGGAGUUGCACGUGACAAUAAGCACCUGCAGGUUAAGGUAUAAAGAGCUUCUAGAGAGGCUUGUCGAGGUCGCACAGGUGCUGCCUUGGGGGAAGGAUGUGACGGUGAAGAAUAUUUUGAGGAAUGCCCCAUCUGUGAUGCAAUACAUGGAGAUGAUAUCGUUCAGUCGAGGUGGAAAACAACGUUUCAGCUGUGAUGUGGAAGAGAUUGUGGGGGACUGCUUGAGUAAAGACAUUGGAUAUGGAUAUGAUACCCUCAAUAUGGAAGAAGAUUGCAGCAGCAGCUCUAAAUAUUUUGAACCGAACUGUUUGCCUAGCGAUUGUCCUGAUAAAUUUCAAAUCUCUCAUGAGUGUUUGACAUUGAUUUAUUCAAAUUACUUGGAGGGGAUCUCUGCCAUUGAUGUAGUGAAUCCAAGGAAAAGGCAAAAAGGAACGUUUGAUCUUCACGGAUAUACUGAGUGGUGGAGUGGGAAAUCGGAGAUGAGCAAGAAGAUGAUUCUGAAGGAUAUAUUGGAGAAGGAUGUGGGAUUGGAUGCUCGGCCGCCAUCUUUCAAUAGAGCGUGCUUGGCUAGGGCUGAGAGGCGAGAAAAGAUUAAGGCCGCAAAGCUGCGCAUAUUGAGGAUUAUGCGUCCUAAAAGUGGUGGGGGCAAUGAUCUUACUGUAUCUGCGCCAGAGAAAGCGAGGAAAAAGACGAGGAAAAGGAAAUGUGGUGUGGAGAUUGAGUGGGAAGAUCUCAUAAUUGAAACUCUGCUCCUUCAUAACGUGAAGGAAGAGGAGAUAGAAAAAGGACAUUACAAUGCUCUGUUAGACUUGCAUGUGUUUGCUCAUGUUAAUGAAUGAUGAAGCCUCCGUUAAGAUUUAUGGUUCUCAUCACCUAAACCAAAAUAGUCCAUUCUGCAUAACACAUGCAUGAAGUUUUGUGAAACACCAAAUUUUUGCAUAUGAGUGAUUCAAGUAAGUAGCUUCAGCCAUUAGAAUUUUUAUCUUGUUUUACUUAAUUAAAUGUUUAUUUUGGAUCAACGAUAACUGAGGAAUGAGAAGUAUGUUUUGCUUAUAUGUGUGUUUUUGCUAUUAUUUUUAUUGACUUGCAGAGUACUUCGUGCUCCAGUGGUUUAACUUAGAGAAUAUGACCAACUUUAGCAUAUUGAUGAUUUUAAGAGCAUAUUUUAUGUUAUUUAAAUUAUAGCACUUAGUAUUUUUUUUUUGGACUGAUAAAUCAAUCUGGCUUCACUUUGUACCUUUAGACUGAUAAAAUCAUUCUGGUUUCAUGUAAAUUCCUGAAUUAUACUACUGAGUGGGAAUCAUAUUAGUCGCUUGCAAAACAUAUUCUCCACUGCUUGCUGAGACCAACUAGCUUGGUAGGAACUAGGAAGUUAAUUGCAUAUGUUUACACCAAUGGACAGCUUCUGCCACAUGUUUAGACAGCCAUGUCCUUGUCGAAUAUGAAGCUCCAAGGUCUAGAGCAGGCUGCUGAGAACUUAUCAUUAGUUCAAAGACCAUGUCCAGUGUCCUACCAAGACAUCCCUUUUGCACCUAGCAACUAUGGAUAUUCAAACAUCUAUCCUGAAUGAUCAACCACUAUUGCAAAUUUGCAAUGAGCAGAUUGCACAGUGAAGUGUCAACUAAAGAGAUACAAGACCGUCUGAAUUCAUCAGUGUACUUGCAUAAAUAUUUCAGGGAAAUUGUUGAUUCAGAUUCAGGAAUAUGAUCAUAAUGGAAAUCAUGAAAAUCAAAAUAGCCAGGAUUCCCGGUAAAAGGCUGUAUAGAUUUUGUAUGGAAUCUGGGGACAGCAACUUAAUGGGAUAUAUCUCUUUCAGAAUUAACUUGAGACAGCUUGAAAAAGUUUACCGAAAUUUACUUCUGACAGUCAGUCUACCUGGAUUUGAAGGCCCUGCAAGUGAGAGAGCAAUGGACAAAGAGUUCAAAGAAGGAUGAGCUUUGGGAGAAGGCUCUUGAAUGUAAUGCUUAGCGUGUUCUUAAAUUGAUAGUUGAGCUGGAAGGCUUAUGGGUGAAACUAGGACAGUACCUAUGUACAUGAGUUGACGUACUUCCCCCAAAGCAGCUGCAGGACUCUCUCCCCCCUCCGCAAACUGGAAGAGGUACUUACUACUUAAUUUAUUGUAAAGCGGAAACAAUUUAAAAAAGCAAAAUGAAGUCUCAUGAUGCAUCUGGAAAAAAGUAUAUUAAUAUGAACAUGUAACUACUGCCAUAUAGGUUGAUGUAAUAGAAAAGGCCUUAAUAAAUAUGGUAUAUUACUAUAUUUAUGGUCCUUUUGUGAGGGCUAUUGUAAGGACUACAUUAUCACCAAUGCACUAAAAUGCAAUUCAGCAACUUUAAGUCUUGUAGCUUAGACCAUUGAAGAGAAGAUAUAUUAAUAUCCUAGUUCCUUGCCUUGAUUGACUUUCUUUUGUGAAAGGGUUAUGAUUAUCAUUGGAAGUGGUAUUAGCAUUAUUAAUUUAUUAUGGUGGUUGUUAUUAUUCACUUUUAUUAUCGUGAGAUGUGGUAAUGAUGGAAAAUUUGAGAAUGAUAAUAAGAUAGAUACAUGGGGGCUAAAUUAUCACACCUAGAAAAAACAAGCUUUGAUAAUUCUUUUGUAAGUUUGAUAGAGAUCGUUCCCUGCAGAUUAUCUUUAAUUAGCUUGUUUAGUAGGAGUAGUAAUUUAUUCUUAUUGCUGUCUGGACUCUGGAGUCUAGUUAUUACUUAUAAGUGGAGUGUUAAGAGAGUGAGGGUUGGAUUAUAAAUAGCUCCUCAAUGGAAGGGCAAUGUGUCUUGGAUAUUGCCUUUACUCCAUCAACUGGUGUGGUGAACGAGGGUGAAUACCCGGACCUAUGGUGCUCGUUGGGAGAAUUUAAAGGCACUCAAGGAAUCAUCCAGCUGGCUUUUGCACUUCCAAGGUGUCCACGGAGGUGCGGAGUUUGACAUGAUCCAAGCCAUGGCGGCACAGCUCGCCCACAAUCAUGGCCAGCAGCAUGGGUUCAACUGAAAUAGAUUUGUCGAUGUAACAAAUUUUACGUUGAACUAUCUCCACUAAAAUCAACUUUAUUUUAUUA